CACCAAUUACCAAAAAAUGGCCACCAUUACUACUAUGCUUGUUAUUUCCAAACUAGUAGUAACAUUUUUCUUCCCUCAAAUUUCCUCUGCAGUCGACACCAUUAACAACUUUCAACCACUUCAUGAUGGCACCACGUUGGUUUCUAACGAUGAAACCUUCGAACUGGGUUUCUUCACUCCAGGUAGUUCCAUAAACCGAUACAUUGGAAUUUGGUACAAAAAUAUCCAUGUCCCAACCGUUGUUUGGGUCGCCAACCGUGACAAUCCAACUACCGACAACUCCAGCGUUUUGUGCAUAAGCAAAGGCAACCUCGUACUUCUCAGCAAAAAUAAAAGUCUUGUUUGGUCAGCAAACUUGUCAACAAAGGCGUUGAGUCUGAGUCCCUUUGUGCAACUCUUAAACACCGGAAAUCUAGUACUUAAAGAGAAGAACAACGAAGAAGAAAGGGUCUUGUGGCAGAGUUUUGAUUAUCCAACAGAUACACUAUUACCUGAAAUGAAGCUAGGAUGGGACCUUAAAACUGGUCUCAAUAGACGUUUAACUGCAUGGAAAAACUGGGAUGACCCAUCUUCAGGGGAUUUUUCUUGGGGAAUUGUGCUUGGCAACAACCCUGAAUCGGUAAUGUGGAAGGGUUCUGUCGAAUACUAUAGAGGUGGCCCUUGGAAUGGGGUUCAAUUCAGUGGCUCACCGGCAUUGAGGGCUAAUCCAAUUUUUGACUACAAAUUUGUCAACAAUUCAGAUGAGGUGUACUACACGUACGACUUGAAUAAUAAGUCUGUAAUUUCAAUACUUGUUAUGAAUGGAACCCUUCAUUUUCGCCAACGAAUCACGUGGAUUCCAAAAUAUGGAACUUGGAGUGUGUACCAGUCUGUGCCGAAAGAUAACUGCGAUGCUUAUGGCCGAUGUGGGCCUUAUGGGAAUUGCAUUGUUGAUGAUUCACCUAUUUGUCAGUGCUUGAAAGGGUUCAAUCCAAAAUCACCCCUGAAUUGGGGUAUGAUGGAUUGGUCACAAGGAUGUGUGCGUAGUGAACCAUGGAGCUGCAGGGUCAAGGAUAAAGAUGGUUUUAUAAGAUUGAGUGAUAUGAAAUUGCCUAAUACUACACAGUCUUGGGUCAAUAAGAGUAUGACACUAGAGGAUUGCAAGGCCAAGUGUUGGGAAAAUUGUUCUUGCACGGCUUAUUCUAACUUAGAUGUAAGUGGUGCAGGUAGUGGCUGUGUAAUUUGGUUUGGUGAUCUUGUUGAUUUGAGAUUGUUUUCAAAUGGUGGGCAGGAUCUAUAUAUUCGAAUGGCUACUUCAGAGAUAGCUGUAAAUGCAGAUGUGCGGCAUAAGAAAAAGGUAGUUUUGGUAAUUAUAAUUCCACUUGUAGCGGUUUUUAUGAUGCUAUUGGCAUUUUCCUACAUUUGCCGGUCCAAAAGAAAGUGUAGAGAGAAAGCAAACAAAAGGUUGUCAACUAAAAAGAAAGAUGAGACCACACAAGAAGAUAUUGAGCUUCCAAUCUUUGAUCUUGCAACAAUAGCUAAUGCCACUAAUGACUUCUCAGUUGACAACAAACUUGGCGAAGGUGGCUUUGGACAUGUAUACAAGGGUACAUUUGCAAAUAGCCAAGAGAUUGCUGUCAAAAGACUUUCGAGGAGCUCUGGACAAGGAUCGAAAGAAUUUAGAAAUGAAGUUAUAUUGUGUACGAAGCUUCAGCAUAGAAAUCUUGUUGAGGUUAUUGGUUGUUGCAUUCAAGGAGAAGAGAAAAUGUUACUUUAUGAAUACAUGCCCAACAAAAGCCUAGACUCAUUUUUAUUCGACUCUACUCUGAGCAAACAUCUAAAUUGGUCUAUACGUUUCAAUAUAAUAAGGGGAAUUGCUCGAGGACUACUUUAUCUUCAUCAAGAUUCUAGAUUGAGGAUUAUACAUAGAGAUCUUAAGGCAAGUAAUAUUUUAUUAGACAAUGAGAUGAAUCCAAAAAUUUCGGAUUUUGGUUUGGCUCGAAUGUGUGGAGGUGAUCAAAUUGAAGGGAAAACGAGUAGAAUAGUUGGCACAUACGGUUACAUGGCACCUGAAUAUGCUAUUGAUGGACUAUUCUCUACCAAAUCUGAUGUAUUUAGCUUUGGUAUAAUAUUGUUGGAGAUUGUAAGUGGAAAGAAAAACAAUGGACUUGUCUUUACAAGUGACAUGUAUAAUCUCAUUGGGCAUGCUUGGAGGCUGUGGAAAGAUGAGACCCCAAUGAAAUUGAUUGAUGAUUGUCUAGGAAGCUCAUGCAUUUUAUCCGAAGCUUUUCGAUGCAUUCAUAUUGGUCUUUUAUGUGUGCAACAACACCCUAACGAUAGACCAAAUAUGGCAUCUGUGGUUGUGAUGUUGAACAGUAAUGAUGCUUUGCCUCAACCAAAUAAACCUGGUUUCUUAAUGGAUAAAGUUAAAAUUGAAGGAGAAUCUUCUUCUAGCAGAAUGAUAUUUUCUUCAACUAACGAAGUAACUAUGUCAGUGUUGGAUGCUAGAUAAAGAUUUUUAUGUUACUUAUUAUCAUAUACAUAGACUUAAUUAAUUA